AGUAUUAAUAUUCGGGAAUGGUGCCACAUCAUAAUAUUACUACACACAGACAGAUCAGUCUCUUCAAAAACUAAGAUGAUUGUCUUGCUGGUAACGUUCCUUGCUGCCAUUCUGUGCCCCACUGCUCACAGUGCAGAGUCAACAGUGGAAUGGUGCUAUCACGAGCCAGCCUGCGAUUUUACCAAUUGGCCCAAAAUUGUCUCACAAUUCUGCAAUGGAUCAAGGCAAUCUCCCAUUGAUAUUGUGACUGCAAAUGUUCAGGCAAAUCCCAAACUGACCACAUUCAACUUUACUGGUUUUGAUGACAACGCAACCUUUUUGACAAUUGCAAACAGUGCCAAUUCUGUGGUGGUCAGCCUGGAUCAUGCUAAAAUGGCAGUGGAGGGAGGUGAUCUUCCAGGUCUUUAUAACUCUGAUAGUUUCCAUCUCCACUGGGGUAACGGCAGCUCCGGACCUGGCUCUGAGCACACUGUGGAUGGCAAACAAUACCCAAUGGAGCUGCACAUCGUGAACAUUCAUUCAAAGUACAACAGGAGUGUUAAAGCGGCUUUAGAUGCUAAUGACGCAACAGGAUUAGCUGUUCUUGGUUUCUUCAUCGAGGGAACCAAUGACACAAGCAAAACAAAAAGCUGGGAAAUCUUAACAUCUUACUUGUCAAACAUCACCAAUGCAGGUCAAGCAACAUCAGACAUCAUGUACCAAAUUACAAUGGACAGUCUGCUUGAAAAUGUGGACAGAACAAAAUAUUACCGUUACCAAGGCUCCCUUACCACACCCAGCUGUAAUGAAGUUGUGAUCUGGACUGUGUUUAAAGACACCAUCAAAGUCAGCCAUGAGUUGAUCAGACUCUUCAGCUCAACUGUCCAUUUAAGUGGCACAAGCCCACAGAUGCUGAUUACUAACAACUUCAGAGGUGUUCAGUCCCUGAAUAGCAGAGUGGUGACAUCACAGGUGGCAGGAACUGUGACUGCAGGAACUGCGACUGCAGGAACUGUGACUUCGUCAGCGACUACGACUUAUUUCUGUAUUACCACAAUAUUUAUCUUUUCCUGUUUGUGCUGGCUAUAAAAACUAGUGUUUGAAAUUAGAAUAAUAAAGUCCACUCUUUAAAGAAUAGUUCACCCAAAACUAAAAAGAACUAGUUCUUUUAACAGCAUUAUAAUCUGAUUUAAUUGGUUUCUCAUUAUUCACAUUAUUCAUUUAGUAAAUAAUGUGCACGCUUUUAUACAAGUUCUGUUAUUAGUUGAUGAUACUUAACUGUUCUACAUUUUGCAAACGCACAGACAUCUAUCUGUGAGCAUAACAUAGCCCUGUAGUUUUGACAGUAUGAUUAUGUGUAUGAAGCUUAAGUUGUUACUGUAAACAUAAUAUGUGUAAUAUUGAAUAUCAGAGAACAUUCCUUUGUAGUUUUUUCUCUCUCAAUUUGACAUAAUAUGACUGCUGAAUACUCUCACAUGCUAUGGCAGACAUGGCAUACUGAAGUUAUUCCAACUGGAAUAAUAAAGGUUUGCUGGGUAAUACUGGCAUGUGUCCCUUUCAUCUCUCUCUCUCUCUCUCUCUCUCUCUCUCUCUCUCUCUCUCUCUCUCUCUCUCUCUCUCUCUCUCUC